CAAACAGAUGGAAGGCGACCUCUGGGCCGGCCCUUGCUGUCCAGUUAAAUGUAAUCUUGAGGCUGAACAAGCUGAACAACUCCAGCAAGUCUGUGUCCAGUUCUGAUUUUUGGGGAUAAAGAGGAUAAUAACCAUACCAGCUUCACCAGCCCAUGGAGAGAACAGCUGAAGAGAGCAUGUGAAAUUGCUAUGAUGAAUAGCAGAAGAGGAGAAGGUUUCUUGCAGUGAGAGAGAUCUAAGCAGCACUUCAGGCCAGGAGGCAAACUGAGAGAAAACUUUUUUGGAUGAAACCAGCACCAAGGCAGCACUUCUUUGGAUUACAAUAACAUGGGCAAGUGGACUUCUGCUUUAAGAAAACAGACACAGAAUUUUCAAAUCAACCUGUCCCUGUGACAGUCUGAUGCUCUGAAGGAGUGUCCUGUUCCGUUGAGUCACGUGGGAGGAAAACACAAAGCAGUUGAAAGACAGAUCCAAAACGGGUAGCAGAAAGGGCCCUGGAGGCAGCCUUAAGUUUGGUAUUUAAUAUUUCAGGUAAAAUACUCACUUAGCAUCAAUUAUCUUGUUGGGUUCUUCCCCCCCCCCCUUUUUUUUUUUUUUUUCAAAUGAAAUUGCCUCUGAAUCAACCACUCUCUAAUUACCACACUGAAUGAUUGAAAUUUUUAGGGCAAUUAAAUUCAAGCCUUUCUUUUUCAGUUCUUACGUUAUCCCCCCUCCCCCCUUUUCUCCCUCCCCUCUCCAGUCUGGAGCCUUUCCAUAAUUUGGAGGCAGUUGCAGAAGCUAGCAGACCUUUAAAGCCAAGAUGUAUGUCUCCCUUAAUUCCUCUGUGGAUUUGUUUUAUAGACUAAGCAGGGAGGGUUCUGGUCUCUCAGGACAUGUGCGUUGCAAACACACAGUAUCGUGUGGGUUUUAUCCUAACAUGUCAUGUCAUUUAAAAACAGCUUGGAAGAAGUAAUUUAGUAUAGGAAUUUUGUGAAAAGACAAAGAUCAAGGUAAAAAGUACAUGCACUAUCGAAAAUGCCUGGAAAACUAAGGAGCAGAUUGAUGAUAAUAAUGAUGAUUGAUGAGAUAUUAGAUAAGAGGAAACAAACUCCCAAAGAAACAGUACAAAGCAUCUGUUAACAGAGCUGUUAGGAUAAACUCAUGAAAUGGCUGGAUGAAAACACAAGUAUUCUUCCAAAAAAGGACACAAAAUUCAGAGUGGAAUCCUGGGCCCAGUGAACUCAGUGACAAAGCUGCUGCUCAUUUGGCUGUCUUGUCAGGAUUAGAGCCCUGAUCCUGCAAAACAACUAACUGUAUUCUUAAAUGCAAGUAUGAGCGCUAUUACCUUAAUUUCAGUGGGACUGUAAAGUCAAGCGGAUGCCUAACAUCUUUGUUGAAUCAGGAUUUAACCCAGGGAACCUGGCUCCAAAAAAGGCAAAGAAGAAGAUAGAAGGUGGUUCCAAUGUAUUCUCUAUGUUUGAACAAACCCAGAUCCAGGAGUUCAAAGAGGCUUUUACCAUCAUGGAUCAGAACAGGGAUGGCUUUAUUGACAAAGCAGACUUGAGAGACACGUUUGCUGCACUAGGUCGUCUGAAUGUCAAGAAUGAAGAGCUUGAAGCCAUGGUGAAGGAGGCGCCAGGUCCUAUUAACUUCACUGUCUUCCUGACUAUGUUUGGGGAAAAGCUGAAAGGCACGGACCCAGAAGAAACCAUUCUGAAUGCUUUUAAGAUUUUCGACCCAGAAGGAAAAGGCCACAUAAAGGCAGACUACUUGCCACCCUGUGUCCAGUUCUACAUUCCUUGGAUGCUGGAAGCCAGUUGGAGUUUGGGGCAAAUUAGGAAUGCAGUAUCACGCUCCAAAAUGAAGAUGAGAGAGGAAUACUUUUAUUUUUCCUUGAUGGAAAAGGUCAACCUUGUCCCUACCCCCACUGCACUGCUAACAUUAGACAAUUGUUUUAGUUCAUCACCACAACAGAGCAUAAUGUUUACUUAUUAGACCCGAGGGUAAUGUUGAUCAUUACAGAACAAACCAUUAAAUCAAUUCCGUGAAUGUCUUUGAGGUUUAACUUCUAUUCAUAUGCUUCCAGAAUUUAGACAUUGGAAGGUUUUGAAAUAAUUUUUCUGCUGGUUCAAACAGCCAUUUCAAACGACAGUUAAUGUUAAUAAAUAAUAUUUCUCCAUAUUAAAAAAUCCUGGAAUGUUUCUCUCUAAAAGCAGCCAUACUGACCUUUUA